CUUAGCCCAGUUGAUUUGAACACACAUGCAAUACUUAUUUUGUGGGUCUUGCAAGUGCAGUUCAAGCACAGUUACUUGAUUUCAACGUUUCUGUGAGGACCUUACCCGAAGCACAAGUGAAAGGUUUCAGCUAACAGAAAGUAAAUUGUCACAGUGACACGCCGUGCGAAUUAGUCUGUCUAAUUUAUUUUCGCUUGUUUGUUGUCCACUUUUCAUUUCUUUGUUGUGACUGUAUCUGUGGGAAUAUUUGAUCAGCGGCAACAUUAUGUCAAAUCUCCGGCCUAGACUUUGUGUUUUAGGAAAGGGGUCGAAUGGCUACGGCUUUCAUCUGCACGGUGAGAAAGGGAAAACCGGACAGUUUAUCCGACUCGUAGAACCAGACUCUCCCGCCGCCGCCGCCGGUCUCUUCGCCGGGGACCUACUGACGUUCGUUAACGGGGACAGCGUGGAGAGCGAGAGCCACCAGCAGGUCGUUGCCCGGAUACGUGCCACAGUGGGCAGCCUCGAGCUGAUCGUGGUAGACGCUAAAACGGCAGAGGUACUAAAUAAGCACAGCUUAAAGUGUCGUAAAGAGUAUGUCACGGAGGGGAUCCCGUUACCAGGGGAAGCAGCGAAAAGCAACGGGACCUCGAGAGAGACGACCCCUAUACCGGCAGAGAACGGAAACCUCUCCCUACAGAGGCUGAGUGUCAACACCAAGGAAUCGAAGGCAGAGCUGCGUCCUCGUCUGUGCUCGCUGAAGAAGGGUGCGACGGGCUAUGGCUUCAACCUGCACAGUGAGAAGUCUAAACCAGGCCAGUACAUCAGGGCUGUGGAUGAGGACUCUCCUGCGGACAAGGCGGGCCUCAAACCCCAGGACAAGAUAUUACAGGUUAACAGUAUGUCAGUAGUAGGGAUGCAGCACAGUGAGGUGGUAGCAGCCAUUAAGGCCGGGGGAGAUGAGACCAGUCUACUGGUGGUGGAUCGUGAGGCAGAGGCUUUCUUCAACAGCUGUGACAUCAUUCCUACUGAGGCCCACCUCACAGGACCUCUUCCUGAACCUGUGUCGGAUGGAGGAGCAGAAGAGGAGGUGGGGGUAAAGCCUAAGGUGUCCGUCAGUUCGUCUACAUCCAGCGCUUCCUCCACUGGUUCUCUACCAACAGCCACUGCCAGCACCCCUCUACCAGAGGCACAAUUCCAGGUGGUUCCGGCUAAGGAGUCUGAUGCAGGCCUAGCCCUCAGCAUGUCUCUAGCCCAGGCCAAGGAGAGGGCUCACCAGAAACGUUCAGCCAAGAAAGUCCCUGCCAUGGACUGGCGCAAGAGGAAUGAACUCUUCAGUAACCUAUAAACCACAUAUUUCCUUCCUCCUUUUUGUCUACCUUUUGCUCUCUCCAAACGUGCGCAUACACACACACACACGUGAAAGUGUUAUUGGUUGUGAUUUCAUGAUUUUCAUCGUGUUAAUUUUGGGUUUUCCACUUUUUUUUUAAAGCCACUUCUAAAUAAGAAACAAUGUAAUUAACAAUUAGAAGCUGGAAAAACAAUGAACAGUUGACCUCUAGUAGAGUAAGAUGAUGACAAAAUAAGAGAUUAUGGGCUGCAGGGAAAAUGAUAAAGGAAUUAACAUUGCUAUAAAGUGUGUUGUCAGUCUUUUAAUCUGCAAUCUGUUUGGUUGGUGGUCACAAUGCUUCCUUCUAAAAUCAUGAGCUAGCCAAUAGCAGGCUGGAACAGAUGGAGCUUUGUGGAUGACUGAUUCAUCUUCAAUCUUAUUUCCCGAGACUUUCAUGCUUUAGUACUUCUGACUAGAUGAACAACAGACAAUCUGUUGAAUUCUUAGCAAUACAAGACCAUUGUUUAAGCAUUUAUCACCCUAAGUGGUCUACACAUCUGUUUGGCAAAUAUUACUGAAUUUGUUCAGGAAUUGUAUCAUUCUAAUGCUGACCGCUGGUUUACUUUGUGAUGUUUACUACCCUGUCUAUUUGAAGAUUUUGUCAUGUCAAUUCUGUUCUAAAUGUGACAUGGUCAUAUAUGUGGUUCUAGAUUUUUGAAUCCAAAGUGAACCAUUCUAUCUCAGUGUAAAGUUUAAACAUUCCUGGGUUAACAACCUGUCCAAACCGGAGUUCAAUCACACCUUUUGUAAAAUUCUCAUUUUUUUCCCCUGCCAUUGUCUCAACGUUUUAAAGAAUGACAUGAAAAUAUUAUUUUUCAUGUUUCUUUCAUUAGAUUUGUACAUAGUGAAAUAUGUCUUAAAGAAAGAAAUCCUCAGUUUGUUUGUUUCUGAAUAGACUCUUGGUUGAAUGGAAUGUUAGCCAACUGUACAGUGUAUCAGUAAUUUCCUACUUUGUGUCAGUUAACUCUGGUUCAGGGCGCCACUAGGCGCUAUAGUAUAGACCAGGGACCAACUCUGGUCCUGGAGAGCUACUGGGUGUGAAGGCUUUUGUACACUGUACACUGGUAGAAGGGCUGAGUUGUAUUGAUGAGGAUGACAGCUAUACAUUUGGGAUCAAACAUGUCUUUUUGUCUAUCUUCUUUAACCCUUUUUGUGUGUGUCUCACCAUGCAUUCUCUGUGGGAUCUCAAAGGAAAACAACUGUUUUAGAUUCUCCCUUUUUAAUGGUUUAAACAGUAAACUGAUGAGUAAGCAGGUGGGCGUGCAUCACAAACAACACAGACCAAUCAGCAAAUCAAUAGCUAGUUCUCUAGAAUAAUGUUCUGACAUUAGAAUGAAGCCUAAAAUAAUAAACACUUUACAGUUCUUGCAA